AUGGAUCCCACCAAGGCACCCGAUUUUAAACCGCCACAACCAAAUGAAGAGCUACAACCACCGCCAGAUCCGACGCAUACUAUACCAAAAUCUGGACCCAUAGUUCCAUAUGUUUUAGCUGAUUACAAUUCUUCGAUUGAUGCUCCUUUCAAUCUUGAUAUUUACAAAACCCUGUCGUCAAGAAAAAAAUACUCCAACUCAAGCAACCGAAUGGACCAUAUUCCAUUAAAUACUAGUGACUUCCAGCCGUUGUCUCGGGAUGUAUCGUCGGAGGAGGAAAGUGAAGGGCAAUCGAAUGGAAUCGACUCUACUCUACAGGAUGUGACAAUGACAGGAAAUUUGGGGGUUUUGAAGAGCCAAAUUGCUGAUCUGGAAGAAGUUCCUCACACAAUUGUAAGACAAGCCAGGACUAUAGAAGAUUACGAAUUUCCUGUACACAGACUGACGAAAAAGCUACAAGAUCCCGAAAAACUGCCUCUGAUCAUCGUUGCUUGUGGAUCAUUUUCCCCAAUAACGUACCUACAUUUAAGAAUGUUUGAAAUGGCUUUGGACGAUAUCAACGAACAAACGCGAUUUGAAGUGGUUGGUGGCUAUUUUUCUCCCGUUAGUGAUAAUUACCAAAAACGAGGGUUAGCCCCGGCUUAUCAUCGUGUCCGUAUGUGUGAACUAGCAUGCGAGAGGACAUCGUCUUGGUUAAUGGUUGAUGCUUGGGAAUCUUUACAAUCAAGUUAUACAAGAACAGCGAAAGUCUUAGACCAUUUCAAUCAUGAAAUAAAUAUUAAGAGAGGUGGAAUCAUGACCGUGGAUGGUGAAAAAAUGGGUGUCAAAAUCAUGUUACUAGCAGGUGGUGAUCUUAUUGAGUCCAUGGGCGAGCCUCACGUGUGGGCUGAUUCCGACCUGCACCACAUCCUGGGCAAUUAUGGAUGUUUGAUCGUAGAAAGGACCGGUUCAGAUGUUAGGUCCUUCUUGCUUUCGCAUGAUAUCAUGUAUGAACACAGAAGAAAUAUUCUUAUUAUCAAGCAGCUUAUUUACAAUGAUAUUUCAUCUACAAAAGUGCGUCUUUUCAUUAGACGUGGAAUGUCAGUUCAAUACCUUCUUCCAAACUCUGUCAUCAGGUACAUCCAAGAGUAUAAUCUAUACAUUAAUCAAAGUGAGCCGGUCAAACAGGUCUUAGAUAGCAAAGAAUGA